AUUCCAAAAGUAGAUCUACGUGGGUUGCACUGUACAGAAGGACACACACGGUACGUUCCAUGUGUUAUCGCAUAAAAAGUUACACAGUUAAACAGCAGGUGCUUUGACACGCAUUAGUACGUUUGUUAUUAGACCACUUUGCAACGGCCAUUUAAUUCGCCUUUGUCGUUUUUGUUCCCCGGUGUUAAGAUUCUUUGGGGCUUGGGGAGGUCAGUUGAUUCCCGAUGUAGAACACGACCGCGCGCUUUUUUUGGUUUUACGAUACAGUUCCCAUAUUUCCCUUAUUUCACGGUUGAGUUGACUUACAGCUCGAACCUCCUCCUUCUGUGGGAUGCGAGGGGAAGCCUGACCCUCUUUUUUUCAUUGGCUGCCGUUUGAUGGUUCCAGCAUCACACUAGCAUGCCCAUUCAUACAUCCUGCACCCCAUGCAUUUUUUCGCCUUAUAGAAAUAACUUAUAAUGUAAACACUUACUCGACUAAAAAGGACUAACCACUGACUGGACGAUCAUCCGAAUAAUUGCUUGACCAACUGCCAUCGAAAUAUCGAAAGGGCUUGCAGGGCGAGGCCAAGACGCUUUUCUGCUCAUUGAAAAUGUUUCAAACGGUCCCAGACACCUCACAUUACGUAAAGGAGGCACUGUCUGUGGUGAGUGAGGACCAGUCUCUGUUUGAGCCACCGUACGCUGCAGCAGCGCCUCUGCCCAAGACAGACAUGACGCCGUCGGGAUCACAGGACUUUGGGCAACCUCACAAAAUCAACCCCUUACCUCCCCAGCAGGACUGGCUCAGUCAGCCCGUUCGGGUCAACGUCAAGCGAGAGUACAACCAUAUCAACGGAGGGGGAUCAAGGGGCUCCCCAGUGGACUGCAGUCAGGGAAAAUGCAAUAAGCUGGUGAGUGGGACGGAGGCAUCUCAGAUGAGCUACGGGAGCUACAUGGAUGAGAAAAAUGGACCACCCCCAAACAUGACCACCAAUGAAAGGAGAGUUAUAGUGCCUGCAGAUCCUUCUCUGUGGUCCCAGGAUCAUGUGCGGCAGUGGCUGGAAUGGGCCAUCAAGGAGUAUGGGCUGCUAGAGGUGGACACGUCCGCCUUCCAGAACACGGAUGGCAAGGAGCUCUGCAAGAUGAGCAAGGAGGACUUCAUGAGACUCACCUCGUUGUACAAUGCAGAGGUUCUGCUCUCACAUCUCAGUUACCUCAGGGAAAGUAGUUCAUCAUUAUCAUACAGCACUCAGUCUCACACAGAACAAUCUCCUCGUCUUGCUGUGAAGGAAGAUCUCUCUUAUGAAGCAGUUCGUCGGACAGGGUGGUCGAACAACAUGACCGGUGGAAAAGGCUCUCCGGCAGUCCCGCAGAAUGUUUCCAAAACCACGGAGCAGCAGAGGCCCCAGCCAGAUCCUUACCAGGUCUUGGGUCCAACAAGCAGCCGUUUGGCCAAUCCAGGCUCUGGUCAGAUCCAGCUGUGGCAGUUCCUGCUGGAGCUGCUGUCAGACAGCGCCAACGCCGGCUGCAUCACCUGGGAGGGCACCAACGGCGAGUUCAAGAUGACAGACCCGGACGAGGUGGCAAGGCGCUGGGGGGAGCGCAAGAGCAAGCCCAACAUGAACUACGACAAGCUGAGCCGUGCCCUGCGCUACUACUACGACAAGAACAUCAUGACCAAGGUGCACGGCAAGCGCUACGCCUACAAGUUUGACUUCCACGGCAUCGCCCAGGCGCUGCAGCCCCACCCCACCGACUCCUCUGUGUACAAGUACCCCUCAGACCUGGCCUACGUGCCUUCCUACCACGCCCACCAGCAGAAGGUCAACUUUGUCUCCUCACACCCCCCCUCCAUGCCAGUCAGCUCCUCCAAUUUUUUUGGGCCAGCGCCACCUUAUUGGAACUCAACAACAGGGGGCAUUUACCCCAACCCCAGCGUUCCCCGCCAUCCCAACACGCAUGUGCCAUCCCAUCUUGGGAGUUACUAUUAAUCCUGUCUCCCACCCCCCCACCCCCCAUUUCUCCACACACUCCAGCCAUCCGGCACUUCUGAAGAAACCAAAUAGAGUGGGUGGAGGAGCUCUUUCCUGGAAGCCCCAACCCGGAAAGGUGGAGUGAAAUCAAGGAUUCUUUCGUAAAGGGAAACAUACUGGACUUCAGCAUCCACAUAUUAAUGGAAUACUACUCAUGCGUCUGUUUUUCCCUCUGUGGUUUAUGUGAUUUGUACCAUUUAAAGCUGCACUCCUGGGCCACUCACAAUGGCCUGGAGGACACCAGUGUACAGGCCAAACCGGGCAUUGUGGAAAAUAAGAGGCUGUCUGCUGCUGGACCAGACAUAGGCCCAGCCCCCUGGGUCUCAAAUGAUUCUUCCACAAAAUACUUGCCUUUAUUUUUUUUUAUUUUUUAUUUUUUUGGUCUCGUUGUGUUCUGCCAGACUUUGUAUUGUUUGGUAUUUCUGAAUCCUGGAGUGUAUCGUGGAGCUAUGUUGCAGCUCAGCUCUGGACAUUGUUCACACUUAUUAUGUCUUCUAGUUUUGGAUGUGUGGAAACCAGUUAACUGGAGCUGUCUUUUUGUAGGAUCUUUGAAUGGUAUUUGCUGGAUAGAAGCUGUACACUGCUCCACAUCCAGCUGUUCUGCUGGACCAGACCAGAAUCAAUGUGACUGCCCUGUAGCCUUGUGACACACCUUCCAUAAAACAGCUGUUAUUCUGGAGCUUCUACUGGGAAUUCUGUGUCAUCGUGUUUGAUGAAACCAUUGAAACUCACUCAGCUAGCUCUCUCUCUCUCUCUUUCUCUCUCUCUCUUUCCCUCUCUCUCCCUCUGUCAGCCCUUUGUCUUUGUCUGCCCUGCGAUGAUUCCUCUUCUUUCUGUGUGGAAGUCUGCUGAUGCUAACAGCAGGUUUCCAUGUUUAAUCUACACUCACAUUCCACUCCAUGUGAAUACAUGUAAUUUUUCCUCAUGCUUUGGUGAAUUGCAGAAUAGUCUUGAGCUCUUACAUUCCCACCGGGCAUAUGCUGCUUCAGCAGUUAGGCCAAGAACUAUUGUAAAGGUGUUACUAAAUAAAACCAAGAUGAAUAGAUAAGAUUAAUAAGGGAAAAAUAUAGAAGCCCUCAGAUUCACGAAUGCUGCGCGUUCGUCAGACCUAUUUUCUUGUUUGUUUCUUUCAACAGUGGUCAACUAGGCAUUAAAGAAACUUACUGUAUAAAUUAUGCAGAUUUAUUUUCAUACGUGACGCAGUAUUGAAAGAUCCAGAGAAUUAAUACGAGUUGACCUCGGUCACAAUUGCAAUUUUUGUAACUAUCAAAAAGGAGGAACAGAUCUGUUUCCAAUGUGUAAUGUGUACAUUGUUUUAUUGUAUCUGUAUCUGUACAUUUGGGCAAUUGAUUUUACUGAUUGUUUUAUACUGAAAACAGUUUUUACUUUACUUCUCAGUGCCUUGUAAUGAUAACCAAUUAUAUAAUCCCCACUGUCUUAUACACAUUGCUUCUUUUUCCAGGACAAAAAUGCCUUGUCUUUAUUGUCAAGACAAUUCUCAUAAUCAAGGGGAUUCUCGAUUAUGAGAUUAUGACCUCUGAUACCCAUAGGCAGGCGACCUUACCCAAUAUUUGUCUUCAAUUUGAUGUAUAAUACAUACAUAUCAAAUAAUCAAAUUAAACAGGUUUUCUAAACCCAUCCUUACUUGUUUAUGUCUGGUUGCUUUACAAAUUUCAAAUAAAAGAAAUAUUAUGUAGCAUGAUAGCUGUAAUAAUAAAUCAUACACCCCACUUUCACUUCA